AGUUCGCGCAGAAAGUCUCAGUGCCUUCCGCAAAACUUGUAGUUAGGCUUUUUCUAGGGCCUCAGCACCCGCGCGCAAGCAAACACACACACAAACGUACACACAACGCAUACAUACACUCAUCCUCAUUUAGCGUCUGCUCCCAGCGCCGCGACCAUGGACCGCUCCUUAGAAACGUACGAGGCGCUGCUCCUGUCGCUGCUCGGAACUCAUCUUUUAACCCUCUGCCCCCAAGGGCUCUGCAAGUCUAAGACCUCAGCAGACAGUGAAAGCUCCAGCAAGGCCCGCUCCUUCAAUCCUGAGUUGGUCGUUGCCCACUGCUUCAAGCAGUUCAAGCAGGAGGACUUCCACCUGCCACAAAGCCGCCGCCGGGUCAUCAUCAUGCCUCACACGAAGGAGCAGCUGCCCUUCAAUCCCAAGCCCCAACCCCAGGCUCCACCACAGCCCACCUACAGCUUCAAGGCCCCAGAAGCUGAGGAUAUACCAGAGCAGCCGUUGGACACCAAGACCUGGCUGAGCCAGAGGUUGAAGCUUCGGAAGGAGCUGGAGUCGUUUGGCAACGUGGAGAGGUGGCUGAAGAACAAGCCCAGCUGUACACCUUCGGAGGCCAAGGUCUUACACAGUAUCCUCCGCGAGGAGCAUGAGGCCCAGUCAGUGGUCCCCUUGGCUACUACCCGGGUCACCAAGAAGAAAGCCUCCCAGGCUUGGCGCAAAUCGGUGCCCCUGCUCCACCUGCCCAAGCCCUCUGCCCUGUCGACCAUGUACACCUACCUGCACAACCGAAAGAUCAAGAUCCUGGAGCUGUUUAACAAAACGGACCAGAGCAAUAACCAGAGGAUCACCCGGGAGGAAUUCAUUGUGGCUCUGAGGGCAGUGGGGGUGCCUUUGAAUAGCCAGGAGCUGGAGGACAUAAUGAUCUACCUCAGCUCUUUGGGGAAGUUCAACACCAUCACGACAGACAUCCUGGCCAGCACCUACAAGCAGUGGUCCAUGGCUGAAUCGGGGAGAAGCCAGCAAGCCAUAAGGGAGAAUCUCCAGUCAGCCAGAGGUGGCAUCAUCUCACAGAGUCUGCUCAAGAAGCAGAAAGUAAGCCCAGCACCACAGCCUGCCAAGAUGGACCUGCUGACUGUGCCCAUGACCAACUUGCAGAAGGAAGCACGGCCCAUGACCCUGGAGGAUAUGGAAGAUGUUGGCAAGCGGUACCGCGAGAGGAGACGCCGGUACAAGCACACCAUCCCCUUCAUCCAGUACUCAGAGCGGUGCCGCCUGGUGCGCAGUGGGAACAAGCACUUUGAUGAGAACUGCCUCCCAUCCACAGUCCAUGGUAACAUGGGGGAGCUUAUCAACAAGUCCCGCAGGGACAACUUUCUGGUCUACCUCCAGUGCUGGAAGCUCUGUGAGUCCUAUGGCCUCCCACUGACAGAGGACGUCCUCAUGAAAGCUCUGCUAUACCCGGGAGACAAGAUCGUUUUCCUGAAAGACCAGGUGCGCCCUAUUCGGCAGCCAGGAGGCUACUACUCUGACUUCAAGCUCUUCACUCCGAACCAGUCUCUGCUAAGGUCCCAAGGGACCAGCGUGGCUAAGAAGACUGACAAGCUGAGUCUCAGACCCCUGUCUCCCCACCGUCUGCCUCCUGCCCCCUUGCUGUCCGUCCCCUCAGCCUCGAGGUCGGCACCUGACACACUCAGGGGUUCAUGUUCCAUGAGGGUCUGUGUCCCUAGGCGGCACACCAGCCUCACCAUCACCCCUCACUGGUCAGCCCACCCCUGGCACCUUUCUCAGGGCAUGGCCUCCACACCUCAGCACCUGGACAGCUACUCUCCUGACCAGAGUCUAGAUGACUUCCAGGUCUCUGGACAAGAUGAAAAGGAAAACCGUUUUAGAAAAGUUGGGGAUGUCCCUUCACAAAUCAUGGCCCCUGUGUCAGGCGCCCUGCCGAGGAUGGGGGGUGGGAGACAGCCCUGCUCUGCCCUGUAGUCCUGUGGGCAGACACACCCCUUCUCUGGCAAGAGGAGAGUUUGCACCCCUAGGAGGAGAAAAGAACUCUGCCCUGGGGCUGUCCUUGACUCUCAGAUCAACCCCAGUCCUCUCUAAGAAAAUGGCCCCUUUUAGUAAUUCAAAGCCAGGACCACCCAGAUUUGAGCCAUGGGCAGAUUACAAGCUGGCUUUAAUGAGAGGCUGCGGGGGGUGCGGGGCGGAGCGGACAGGACAAGGCAGCGUCCCUACUAAGGGAUAGGCUCACGGAGGGGGAGGGAGGAGGCAGCUGACCAGACACCUGGGGGUGGGGCUGGCCCCAGCACUCUAGCCCACUGCUUGCUGCCCGUUGGGGUGGCGUGCCCAGAUGGCAGGUCUAGGACGUAGCAUAACCAAGUGGGAAUUAAGCAGGCGUUAAAUGAACAAGUUAUUUUACUCCCUCGGCCUCAGCAUUUUUAUCUGUAAAUCAGUCACAAGACACAAUGAGGAUUAGAUGAGAAAUGCAUGUAAACUUCAAAGCACAAUGUUUGGCAGAUAGCACUUUAUCAAUGGUUAUGGUUGUUGUUAUUAUUAUAAUACCCUGUUCCAGUCAGAACUUUCUCAAGUGCAGGUAUGGGACCAGGCCUCCAGGUAGGGCCUGUCCACAGCUCUGGCUGCAAAGAGCUGAGUGUGGUCCAGGCUGGGUGGUGGCCUGGAGAGCCCUUUCUGAUCACUUAGUGACCCCCUUUUCGACCCAAGGUAGCGGGCACUGAUUCCUGGGUCAUGAACCCGAGAAGUGGGUGGGAGCCUGGGAAAGGGAUUUUUGUCCAUCCUUAGGCCACAGCCGUAAAAGAUAGAGAGCAGUUCCCUAAGGCAGGGAUGGGCAUUGGCUUCACCUUGCUCCUUAUAUUGGGUUGAGGAAGAUUCUGAGGCCGGAUGCAAGCUUGGUGGGGAAAAGUGCUGUGAUUGAUUCAUGAGGUCUGCCAGACCCAAGGUGUGAAUAGUAAUUUUCACCAUCCUUGUCCUCUGGCAGCGGAAGUGGGAGUCAGAGCCCCCAGAGGGAUUCCGAUUUAGCAGCUACUGUUUAUUAAGUGGAGCCCUGGUGGUGCAGUGGUUAAAAGCUACAGCUGCUAACCAAAAUGUUGACAGUUUGAAUCCACCAGCCGCUCCUUGGAAACCCUAUGGGGCAGUUCUACUCCAUCCUAGAGGGUUGCUAUGAGUCAGAAUUGACUCAACAGCCACAAGUAUUUAUUAAGCAUCUCUCCUAACUACUCCGAGAUGCCCCCUUCUGGGAAACGAGGAAAUCCAGGCCUGGGUGAUGAUACUGGGUCUGGGCGACCCAAGCCCCUGGGAGUUCCACUGGAGCCUGGAGGACAGUCAGGGCGUCACCCCAGGUGGAAGAAGUGCUCUUCCAGAUAGAGCUCUGCCCCUCCGCCUUCCUCCCCCAUUAGCCUGGCUUUCCCUUCUCCUCACAAAAUGCCUCUCUCUUCUCCUCUAGG